AUGGAAAUCGAUCACUUGAAGUACUCCUCCUCCUCCUCAUCACCUUCCACCGACGCCGACGACCAAUCAAUGCUCAUCAUGAUCAACAAACAACAACAUCUCCCGGACUACUUCUACUCAUCGGAAUUCCCCGUUUUACCCUCCGACGACUUCCCCGCCGGUGCAACUCCCUACCCACAUUUCCUCCACCACAGCAACGACCCUUCAACGUUUCCUUCCACCACCCUAUCCUUCUCCCCCAAUAACGACGACCACCAACCCGUCUCAUGGCGGGAUCUCAUGACCGCCGAGGCCGCAGCCGCCGGCGGCGGCGGCGCUCAUCACAACGGCGGGAUGAUGCAGAAGAAGGCGUCGAUGGCGGCGAUGAGGGAGAUGAUAUUCCGCAUCGCCGCCAUGCAGCCGGUCCACAUCGACCCGGAGGCCGUCAAGCCGCCCAAGCGGCGGAACGUGAGGAUCUCCAAGGACCCGCAGAGCGUGGCGGCGCGUCACCGCCGGGAGAGGAUCAGCGAGAGGAUAAGGAUCCUCCAGCGGCUGGUUCCCGGCGGGACGAAGAUGGACACGGCGUCGAUGCUCGACGAGGCCAUUCACUACGUCAAGUUCCUGAAGAGCCAGGUGCAGUCCCUGGAGAGAUCAGCUCGGCCGCCGCCGCCGGCGGAGGGGAUGCACGCGCCGGGUGGCGGUGGUGGUGGUGGGAUUGGAUUCCCUGUGGCCAUGGCCAGCGGGAGUUAUUGUGGUGUCGUGGGGAAAGGUGGUGGUGGUGGUUAUCAUCAGACGACGUCGCAGCAAGAUAUUCCACACUACGGGGAUGCUUAA